UCAUUGUUCCACGAAAUGUGUUGACAGCUCAAGUUUUCAAUUUGUAUAGUCAUUGCUGCGAGAAGUUAAAUAGAUUUUCUUAAAUUAGUUGAAAACGAAGUUUAAAAAUGCCGGAUUAUUUGGGAGAUGAUCAACGAAAAGUCAAAUCGGAAGAGUUAGAGGAGAAAGAAAUAAAGUCUUUGGAUGAAGGUGAUAUUGAGCUCCUGAAGACUUAUGGCCAGAGCCAAUAUCAUAGGGCUAUCAAAACUAUUGAGGAAGACAUCCAGAAAGCUGUUAAACAAGUAAACGAACUUACUGGGAUUAAAGAGAGUGAUACUGGGUUGGCACCUCCAGCCCUGUGGGAUUUAGCAGCGGAUAAGCAGAUACUUCAAAAUGAACAACCUUUGCAGGUUGCUCGUUGCACAAAAAUAAUUAAUGCCGAUUCGGAUGAUCCAAAGUAUAUUAUAAAUGUAAAACAAUUUGCAAAAUUUGUUGUAGAUUUGGCUGAUUCUGUGGCGCCUACAGAUAUUGAGGAAGGCAUGAGAGUCGGAGUUGAUCGUAACAAAUACCAGAUUCAUAUUCCAUUACCUCCAAAAAUUGAUCCCACUGUCACAAUGAUGCAGGUGGAGGAUAAGCCCGAUGUCACGUAUAGUGAUGUUGGAGGUUGCAAGGAACAGAUUGAAAAAUUACGUGAGGUAGUAGAGACUCCUCUGUUGCACCCUGAAAAGUUUGUAAAUCUAGGUAUUGAGCCCCCAAAAGGUGUAUUGUUAUUUGGACCACCUGGAACUGGUAAAACUUUAUGUGCUCGUGCCGUAGCUAAUCGUACGGAUGCUUGUUUCAUCCGUGUGAUUGGUUCAGAGCUGGUACAGAAAUAUGUAGGCGAAGGCGCUCGAAUGGUACGAGAACUUUUCGAAAUGGCGAGGUCGAAAAAGGCCUGUCUUAUUUUCUUUGAUGAAAUUGAUGCGAUCGGUGGAGCUCGAUUUGAUGAUGGUGCAGGGGGCGACAAUGAAGUGCAACGAACUAUGCUCGAAUUGAUUAAUCAGUUGGAUGGUUUCGAUCCCCGUGGAAAUAUUAAAGUUCUUAUGGCUACUAAUAGGCCAGAUACUCUUGAUCCGGCAUUAAUGCGUCCGGGACGUUUAGAUCGUAAAGUGGAAUUUGGGCUACCUGAUUUGGAGGGACGCACACAUAUAUUUAAGAUUCACGCCCGGUCAAUGUCUGUAGAGAGGGAUAUCCGUUUUGAAUUACUUGCUCGGCUUUGUCCGAAUUCUACGGGCGCUGAAAUUCGUUCAGUAUGUACUGAAGCAGGUAUGUUCGCCAUUCGAGCACGUCGUAAAGUUGCAACAGAAAAAGAUUUCUUAGAAGCAGUCAAUAAGGUGAUUAAGAGCUAUGCUAAAUUCAGCGCUACCCCACGUUAUAUGACAUAUAAUUAAAAAAAAUUAAUAGUGUAUAUUUUAAUGAGAUGUUUUUCAUUGCAAUGAGUAUUUGAAAUAAAUAAAAAAAAUAAUAAGAAGUUUGAGGUAAUAAAUGCAAAUUA